AUGACAUAUCGAUAUGUACAUGUGCAUUUAAAUAAACUUCCUUCUGAAGCUUCUGCAGGAGGAUUCAUUCCAUUUCUUCGUAUGCUUCACGCGAAACAAGGAACAAUAGUCACAUCUAAUCUUCCUUAUGAAAAUACAAUUUCUGUGGCAGAUUCCGAAAUAAUGAAAUCAACUUUACAAGUUGGUGAUAGGCCCAUCGGAUUAUUCAAAUUUUUAGAACCACUUUUUGGAGAUGAUCAAUUUCAGAUUUAUGAUGCCGAAAGAGAUUCGAAAUUUAAAAAAGUAAUCAGACCCGCUUUUGGUCAUGAAGUUUUGAUGGCAAAAUAUGAGGAUAUGCGAAGUGUUGGAAUUGAUGUGAUCAAACGAUUGGAAGAAAGCUUGAAUUCGCAAGACAAUGUUAUUAUCAAGUUACAAGAGCAAUGUCUCGAAUAUUCUCUACGAGUAACCUCAAAAGCUCUUAUAAGUUCUGACACAUCUCAGGAUUUUGACUUUAAGAAAUUCAAGCAAUCUUACGACGCUGCGUUGAGUGGCUUAUUUGAUAACCAAUUUGGUAUACUCAACGAUGAGCGUGAAAAAGACUUCCAACAAUCCCUAGAUUCUUUUGUUACCGCGUUGGAUAAACUUAUUAAUGAUAGGAAAAAUAUGAACAUAGAACCCACAGCUGUUAAAGACUUUCUUGAUAUUUUGUUAACAGAAAAUGAUCCAGACACUGGUCGCCCGUUUAGCGAUGAAAAAAUAAGAAAUCAUGUGAACGGAUAUUUGACAGCUGGAUACCAUACUUCCGGUGUUGCAAUUCCUUUUACCCUGCUCGCUUUAACACAAAAUCCAGAAGUCAAAGCAAGACUCCAAGAGGAAAUUGAUGAAGUGUUACAAAAUCGGUUACCAACACUCGAGGAUUUAUCCAAGAUGGAUUAUCUAACACAAGUGAUAAAAGAAACUCUUCGAGUAUAUCCGGUAGCUACUUUUUGUGCCCGUUUGAUAAAAACAGAAACUACAUUCCCAAAGGCAGUAGAAAAUUUCAAGGCGCAAGCUGACACCACAAUCAUAUAUUGUAUUCCAUUAUAUCACGAGAAUCCAUCAUAUUUUCCUAACCCAAAAAAAUUCGACCCAUCUCGAUUUUCACGAGAAAAUUCCGUUUCUGCCGCAAGUCCAGGAGAAAGAUUCGCGAUGAUUGAUAUUAAAAUAAUGGUCUGCCUGCUUGUGCAAAAGUUUGAUUUCGAAUUGGCCAUGAAACUGGAAGAUGUGCAAAUGGAAGAAAGAUUUGUUGUCAUGGCUAAAAAUGAUAUUUUAAUCAAAUUUAAACCAAGAAGAGGUAUAAAUGCCUAG